AGUAACACUCGGACAUAAGUGAUACUCCGGGAGGGGAAGAAGAACAAACUGUAUGCUGUUGGGGAUCCAUCUUGCCCGAAAAAAGAGGCGAGGGGUGAAGAAUUUCUGUUUAGAGUCACAUAAACUGUUUUGUUCCCCGUUGAGUGCUCUGGGGAGCCCAGGGAGGGCUGUGUCGCUGUUUGUAGGAUGUCCCGACAUGAGGGUGUGAGCUGUGAUGCAUGUUUAAAAGGCAACUUUAGAGGAAGACGGUUUAAGUGUUUAAUUUGCUACGACUACGACCUGUGUGCAUCAUGCUAUGAGAGCGGAGCCACUACAACACGUCACACCACAGAGCACCCCAUGCAGUGUAUAUUAACCAGGGUAGAUUAUGACUUGUAUUAUGGUGGAGACACUUUUUCAGUAGAGCAACCCCAGUCAUUCACGUGUCCUUACUGUGGUAAGAUGGGCUUCACAGAAACAUCCCUACAGGAGCACGUCACCUCUGACCAUUCAGAAACAUCAACAGAGGUGAUCUGUCCAAUAUGUGCUGCCUUGCCAGGAGGGGACCCCAACCACGUCACAGAUGACUUUACAGCUCACCUCACUCUUGAACACAGAGCGCCAAGAGAUUUAGAUGAGUCCAGCAGCGUCCGGCACGUACGCAGGAUGUUUCACCCUGGACGAGGACUGGGCGGACCCAGAGCACGACGGACAAAUAUGCACUUUACUAGUGGCUCUGCAGGGGGACUUUCAUCCUCCUCAACACAGAGCUCGACUUACACCCCCAGUAACAGAGAAGCAAUGGACCCAAUUGCAGAGUUGCUGUCUCAGCUGUCAGGUGUCCGACGUGCUGCAGGGGGCCAAAUAAACUCAUCAGGGCCUUCGGCCUCACAGCUCCAACAGCUCCAGAUGCAACUACAGUUGGAGCGUCAGCAGGCUCAGGCAGCACGACAGCAGGUAGAGACGGGCCGUCAUGCAACGAGACGUGGCAACAACCCAGGCAACACUGGCACCGCCGUACCACCACCCAGCACAGCAACUGCCAACGCAGCCACUGUAGGCGACAGCAAUCCCUCGUCCUCGUCCCACAGCUCCCAGUUCCUAUUAGCACGGUUGAAUGAACCUAAAAUGUCUGAAGCAGAGCGACAGUUUCUAGAAGGAGAGCGUGCCGACCGCAGUCUGUUUGUCCAGGAGCUGCUUUUGUCUACGCUGAUGCACGAAGAAAGCUCCUCUUCUGAUGAAGAUGAGCGCCGAGAUUUUACCGACUUCGGAGCCAUGGGCUGCGUGGAUAUCAUGCCUUUAGAUGUGGCGCUGGAGAAUCUCCAGCUUAGAGAGCGGAGCUCUUCGGGGAAAGAGCCUCCGCCGCCGCCUCUUUGAUGUCCGAGCAUCAAGCAGACUGUGUCCUCUGUGCUGCAACUGUCAGUGAUGGGCAGCAGACAGCAGCAGUCCUCCCCAGCCUCACCCUCCUUUCUCCUUCCUAUUUUCUGAGUUUGUUUUUGGUGAUUGUAAUUUCAGGCCUGUCACCAUAUUUGUUACAUUGUAAACAAAACUAAAUGAGAGCAAGUGGGAUUAAAUGUGAGAGUGAGCAAGCAAGCGAGAAGAGAAAUAUAUAAAUAUAUAUAUAAAAUAUAUAUAUGAAGUCGAUAAUCAGUCAACUUAACUUUUCUUUAUCAGGUUAAUGUUACAGGCUGCUGUGGCAUACAAAUGGCUCUCCAUAUAAAUACUACACAUUCAAAAGUCGAGAGGGCACAGGCUCCUCUGAUGAAGCUGCUGUGUGUGUUAAUGAUUAUUAAUAAAAAGUGCUUGGAUGGGUUACCAUAAACUACUGCAUGCAGUUAUUUGCAGCGUGCAUGACUUUUAAUGACCUUGUCAUUAAAACUUUUAAGAUAUCCCAAAGCUUUCAACUGUUUUUAAACGGUUACUUCAGACUAGUAUUUUAAAUUCAGUUGCUUAAUGCAGAAAAUCAAUUACAAUAUGCUCUGUUAGGUUUUCUGCAAGCAAAGAAAAACUAUUGGAUUCAACGGUGGCUCCUAAAUAAAUACCACAUUGCGUGUUUAGCUCCACCUCUGACAACCAACUUCGCACAUUAGAUAAAAACUAAGUGAAAGAAAAGAGUUUGCCUCUCUAGAUGUUAAUGUUUAGUUAUACGUUGUUUAAGCGAAGUAUGAUUUCUAGACGAUUCAAUCCAGUGCUCCUCCACCCUCUGCUCAUGUCAGACCACGUGCUUUCAAUGGCUUGUUUUAAGUUUUUUUUUUUCUUGAAAACAGGAGCUUGAGACUUUUCUCAUUGCAGUUUUUUUCUUCUCUUUUGUUUUGUUUUAACAAGAAGUUUUUUUUUUGUUCUGCUAAAACUAGCACUUUCUAUUUAUUCAUGUUUUUGAUUUUUUUCUUCUUUUUGUAGCCUUGUUAUGGAUGAUUCCACCUUCAUGCCUAAACUUUUAUCCUCUAUGUUUAAAAAAAAUUAUAUUGAAUUUGUGCGUUAACUUUCAUAAUGGUAUUAAGUCACGGGCAGACUUUGUUUUGGUUUUUUUUUUAUUAUAAAAAAAUGUAAAUUUAGGAAACAAUAAAUAUAAACUGCGCAUAGCUUUUGAAGAAAGCCAGAGAACACCAAACUUUUUGCACCUUUUUAUUGUUUCAUCGACGAAAGCUCUGCCUCCUUCAUCCACUUUCAAGAGUUGAGCACAUCAUUACUCCUCACCCCUAUUUAAGCAUUGAAAACAGUAAAUACACAUUGAAUUAAUAGUUAAUAACACUUAUAUGGCUGUAAGUAGAUAUAUUUGUGUAACUAUGUUUAGGGAAAGUUUUUAUUUGUUGACCUGUCAAUGUUUUGCUCAUGCAAACUAACUCUCUUCUUUAUGGAUGAAGGAGUAGUGGCUAUCUAGCCAUCUAAAUGGCUUUCAUUGCUCCAGAAGAAGGGCUUGGUGACCAUUUUGUUUUUGAUCUCUAAUAGAAAGCGACAUCUUAACUUUGAAAAUUGUUGAGGCAGUUCCAAGUGCUAUGGAGAUUAGGAGAUAGUGUGAAGUCAAACAUUAAGUCACUGCAUAGCUUGUAGAUAUCAACCCUCACAGCUGAAACAUGGAAGCUGAACACUGUUUCCGUAGCACCCUAUACAUUCAUAUGAGUGUAAAUUAAAAGAGUGGACUUUGACUUUUCCUUUAUCAGAUAGGUUAUGAUAAAACGUCCCACUUCUAAGACACAAGACAAGUCUGUUAAGAUGUUUUUGUGUUUGAAGGGUGCAUCGACUCGGCCUUUGUCCUCACAUUCAGAAUGGACCUCUUCACAGAUGACAUAAAGACGAUUUGGUCAGUAUAAACCAAUGCAUUGCACCGCAACGCCUCAGAAACACAUGUAUAACUGAAUAAGUUGUUGUUAGUUUGCCCUUGGUUUGUGUGUGUGUGUGUGUGUGUGAAGGCCUGUGGGCCAGCUGUCCUCGCCAUUCCUGAGUAGAUAUUGUUAGAAACAAAAGGGGCUUUUCCAUGGCACAUGUGGGGCUGCUUGUUGUUUUUAAAGGAGCCAGUGUCGGAAUAUGAUUCAUAUUUAAGGUGACAGUCUGUCAGUGUCAGAGGUUAUAAUUUGUCCUAAACUGCUGGGCCAAUAAUGAAGAAAGUUAACUGGAAUCAUAUUUUGACUGCUGAAAAUCAGUCCUCUGCUUGGAUGCUUUGCUAAAGGAAAAAAUGUGAAGCAGAAGUUAAAUGAUGAAAUGAAAAUACUUGGGGGGGGAGCACAGUAAUCUUAAAUGUACACACAAGUAAACCUGGACCUAUUUACUCAUUUAAGUGUUUUCAGUUUGUUCUAUUUUCAAAAUUUUCUAACUUAUAUUCUUAGCCUCAUGAGCUGACACCCAUCAUUAUCACUAAAUCUUGAGCAUUUUCCUGUGAUGACUCAAUACCGUGACCUUGGCAGUGGAUCCUUUAGAUCCUGUGGGUCAGGCUUGUUUCUGCACUUUGAUCCAGAAGUUCUUUCCCAUUUCAGAAGUUAAAACUUCUUGUGUCUUCAAAACAUUGUGAAUAGAGAGAAGACUGCUGGGAAAGCUCAGAGCAAUAACACAAGUGUAUCCUAUGCAGAAGAAUUUUAACGAAUUGCCUGUUUUAUAUUUUGUCGUUUCAUGUAGC